AUGGGCAUUAGCGUGCUCGUCUUGGUGAUUCUCACGAGUCAGAUAGUUGAGCACACAAUGGAAGAUGCCAAUGAAGAAACACUCGAAGCAUUAGUCUCGCAAAUCAAAGAUCACUCCAACUUCUUGCUCGAGGCAAACACAUUCACGUACGAAGCAGCCAAGGCUCUUAGCUGGGAGGAGAACUUGUCUUCCUUCUUCACUUCAGGGAGCAAGAUAGUUCCACAACUGUACGUGCCAUUUCUGAUGGAGCAAUGGGUCGCACAGAUAUCUUAUAUCGAGCCACGGGGAAUUCUUUUCUCUUAUUAUCGUGAUGGAAAUCAAAGUUACAAUUUGUUCUCUAACGUAUCAAAUACUUCUGAUGAUUUCUUUGCCUAUUCGUGGUGCACUCAAGCAUUAGAUGGAGAAACUGGUAAACCAUAUGGGAAGAUUGUCUGUUUUCAACCAGGUCAGUCGAAUGACUCCAAAGGUGCAUCGAGUGGUAGGAAAGGAGAGGCUUCAUGGGGAGUUGGGUGGGGAAAUGCCAAGGAGCAAAUGCUACUUUUUACAGCUCCAGUUGCUAAGAGUGGGAUUCUGUCACUGGGAGUUCCUCUAAGAAGUUUGAGAGAUUCUAUUUCAAGGAUCAAUCUUCAAGGUGGAUGCUUUCACUUGGCUGUCGAUGGGCAUAUCAUUGCACAAAACGGGCCUCCUCAUGCUCAUUUUGUUUACAAUAAUAGCAUGAUGUCAGUUCUUGUGAUGGAUGAGAAUGAUACCAAUGUAUUAAAAGAGUACGAUAGCUUUGCAUGUCAUGAUAAUACUUCCAUCCGGCCAUCAAACACAAAUUACUUGUGGAUUUCGGGUAAGAGAUAUCAGCUUGAUUGCUUUCUGCUAAAUGUUUCUGGAGUCCAACUGGUAUAUACAGUAACUCUUCCUGACAAAGAAGUUGUACCAUUAUUCCAGAAAACGAAGAUUGCUAUCGUCUUAUUGGUGUUGUUUAUGAUUCUUGGGACAAUUCUUGGGAGCUAUGUGAUGCUACAAUUGCUUCAAAGAGCACAAUUACAUGAGACUUUUCUGCGAGCUGAUCUCAUCAAGCAAAAAGGGAUCAUACAGCAAGCAGAAAGAAAAAGUAUGAACAAGAGUUUAGCAUUUGCUAGUGCUAGCCACGAUAUACGUACUUCUCUUGCGGGAAUCACUGGUCUGAUAGAAAUAUGCCGUAGUGAUACUCCUCAAAAUUCUGAAUUGUCUCGAAAUUUGGAGCAAAUGAAUGGCUGUGUAUCAAAACUUCUCGGUAUUCUAAAUUCUGUACUUGAUAUAAGUAAAAUCGAAGCAGGAAAAAUGCAAUUAGAAGAAAUUGAAUUUGAUAUUGCACAAGUUCUUGAAGAAUCGGUCGAUAUUUUUCAUGUUGUAGCCCUUAAAAAGGGUUUGGAGGUUAUUUGGGAUCCUUGUGAUUGCUCUAUUCUUUUAUCUAGCAACGUCAAAGGGGAUUGCAGACGACUUAAGCAAAUCAUCGAUAAUUUAUUAGGCAAUGCUGUGAAGUUUACAUCCGAGGGACAUGUUGUCUUGCGUGCAUGGGCUAAAAAGCCAAGCUUAGAAAAUCUCAGAUGUUCUUCUCAGAAUUUUUGCAACUCAAGGAAUGCAUUUAAUCCUCUAUUAAGAUGGAUAUCUAAAGAUAAAAGAGAUCAAAGUCUCAUUCAAAAUGAUAAUAGCCUCAUCGAAAUUGUCAUUGAGGUAGAUGAUACAGGUAUGGGGAUCCCUAAGGAGAAAAGAGCUUCUGUGUUUGAAAAUUAUGUGCAAGUUAAAGAAUCAUCUAACAGAGAUUACGAAGGCACUGGUUUGGGACUUGGGAUAGUUCAAUCUUAUGUGCGUCUUAUGGGUGGCGAAAUCAAAAUUCAAGAUAAAGAUCCAAGUGAACCGGGAACUUGUUUUAGAUUUAAUAUAUUUCUAAAAUCAAGUGACUCAGAAGGUGAAGAAAAAGAUGAAAAAUCUAGUAUAUUGUGCAUCGAGUCAAGUACUCAGAUUAUACAAUCAAAUGCUCGAACUUUGGCAUUCAGAAGAGGUCUAUCAAUAGAAGGGAUUCAUUCGCUACUUAUGGUUGAAGGUGAUGAAACAAAAAGAAUAAUGCAAAGAUGGAUGCAAAACUUAGGAGUAAAAGUAUGGACAAUUAAUCGUCGGGAGCUUCUUUAUCCUACACUUGAGAAGAUCAAGGAUAAUUUUAAUAUUUCAGGUAAAUUUGAUACAAAGUCACUUGUCAAUUUCUUGAAUAUGACGGCAUCUUAUAAGUCAAGCAAGGAGAAAGAGGAUAUUGAGAUGGAUAAUGUUCUACCUUCAACCAAUAAGGAAUUUAAGAAUAGCUCUGGAGGUCUCAGUAUUUAUUGGUUAAUUGUUGUUGAAUUAAUUCAUGCAAAUUUCUCGGAGAUAGCAUCGGCCUUAAAAAAUUUCACGGACAAGAUUCCUAGAAGUCAUUAUAAAAUUGUUUGGUUGCUUAAUUCGAAUGCUCCUGGUGAAGAUUUGAGAAGAUCUAAAGAAGUACCAUGUGAUCUUAUACUACAAAAGCCAAUUCAUGGAUCUCGUUUAUACUUGCUUUUGAGACUUCUGCAAAACUUUGGAAAAGAAAAUGAAGAUCUUAUUCUCGAUGAAAGGCAACAAUAUGGUGAAUCAAAUUCUUUUAUGGAAAGUGAUAAAUUUGUAGUGAAUUCUUCGAUUCUUCGAUCCAAUCAACAUGCUAAUCAAAUAUUUGGAUCCAAGGACAGUUUGAAAGACGAAAAACCACUAAAAGGUAUGAAUAUUUUGCUUGUUGAGGAUGUAUCUACCUUACGUCAUGUGGCUACAACCAUGCUUGCUCGUCUCGGUGCAACCAUCAAGUCUUCUGAGAAUGGAUUGGAUGCCUUAAACUUGAUUCGUGAUGCUUUAAAGGAAUUGAGUCCUGCACAUGAAAGGGAUACUGAAAUGGGAGCGUCAAAGCGCUUUUAUUAUGAUGUCAUUAUUAUGGAUUGCGAGAUGCCAAUUAUGAAUGGUUAUGAGGCAACAAGACAAAUACGUCAAGAGGAAAGAAAUUAUGAUCUUCAUAUCCCAGUCAUCGCACUUACCGCUCAUGCUACAUCUGAGGAGGAAAAUAAGUCAAUAUUGUCGGGGAUGGACUUUCAUUUGACAAAACCAAUACAAGCUAGAGAGUUAAUACAUGCUAUCACCACAAUUUGUCAGUGA